GGUAUUUUCCCCUUUAAUAUAUGAAUGCUCUAGGUACCUAAUAUUAUUUGUAAAUCCCCAUUUUGUUUCCCUUUGUAUCUUAGGGUUAGUAUUGAGUGCUGGUUUGGUGUCUAGAAAAGGGGUCAAGGCCGAGGAGGAUGCAGAAGUUGUUGCAUUAUUACGGAAAGCUGGAGCCAUUCCAAUUGCUGUUAGCAAUGUGAGUGAGUUGUGCAUGUGGUGGGAAUCAAACAAUAAUCUGUACGGACGUACCAGGAACCCUUAUGAUACAUCACGGACAGUAGGAGGAAGCAGUGGAGGAGAGGGGUGUCUGCUAGGUGCUGCUGGAUCAGUUAUUAGUAUUGGAUCUGACAUUGGGGGAAGUAUCCGUAUUCCAGCUUUUUUUAACUGUGUUUUCGGCCUUAAACCAACCUCGGGCAUCUUAUCCAAUGCUGGAAAGUAUCCUCCAGCCCAUGAGUCAAUAUGUCCGUAUUUGUCAAUGGGACCACUGUGUCGCUAUGCUUCAGACUUAAAGCCACUGUUAAAGGUUCUAGCUGGAAACAAUGUAUCUAAGCUACAUCUUGAUAAAAAGGUAAACCUCUCGCAAUUGAAAGUUUAUUACAUGGAUAAUGAUGGGGGAAAUCCACAUACAACUAAAGUACAUCCAGAAGUACUUGGAGCUCAGAAAAAGGUACUUCUUCAUUUUGAAAACAACUUUGGCAUCAAGCCUUUAAAGGUUUCCUUGAUCAAUAUGAAGAGUGCAUUUAAGAUGUGGAAUAGUAAAAUGAUGAUGACAAAACAUCCAAGUUUUGCAUCAGAGAUGGUGGAAGGAAAUGGAGAACUCAAUACCUAUAUGGAACUUUUGAAAUGGUGCUUCAAGCUGUCGGAUCAUACGUUUCCUGCCAUUGGAUUGUCACUCUUUGAGAAGCUGCGAAGUUGUCAGAGUCCGGAAGAGACGCAGUAUUUUGUGGAGAUGUGCGAUCGGCUUCAGCUAGAAUUUCAAGAGUUGUUAGGAGAUGAUGGUGUUUUCCUCUAUCCUCCACACCCAGAACCGGCACCUUGCCACAACGAACCAGUAUUUAAGUUCUCUAACUGUGUUUAUACGGCAGUGUUUAAUAUUCUCCAACUACCAGCUCUUCAGUGUCCCGUGGGGCUCAGCCAGGCAGGCGUCCCUCUGGGAGUUCAAGUAGUAGCUGCAAAAUACAAUGAUCACUUAACUUUGGCAUUUGCUACAGAAAUUGAAAAGGCUUUUGGUGGAUGGAUCAAUCCAAGCAAUGUGGUGGUAAACUGAUAAUGGUUUUUAAUUUAAACCCGAUGACGGCACCAUACACGCAGAUCUACGAAUGGCUAAAUGCUUGCACUUUUACAACAGAUAGGUAAAACAUAGUAGUAUUACGGCACAGAAUAUUAGGUUGGCUGAUUACGUUUAGAUAAAUACCAUUAAUUAGCAGUAUUGAGUUCCAGGAUGAUUAUUUUUUUGUUUUUUUUAAUUAGUAUUCAGUAACAAAUAACCUUUAAACAUUCACUACUGCGACUAGUAUGAUGGCAUGCAACGGUGAACUUUACCAAACUUCAAACUUGGUGCCAUUGUUUACAGGGCUGAAUGAUUUCUCUGCUAUAAAGAAUGUUUUUACUGUAGGUGGUUUGAUUAGUUAUUGUAUGUGAAAAUCUGUGAAUGAAGUCUUCAUUAGCGAAUUAAUGAAAUGUCUUAAGAAAAGUUUUCCAUCAAAUGAGAGAGUUGGCUAUCAAGUAAUUUAAAUAUUCGAGGAAAGCAGCUAUUACUAAGACAAGUUUAUUAUAAGCGAUUGGCCCAUGCAUUGCAGGAGUUAUAUAAUAUGCAUUGAUGGAAUGAUAGCAUCAGUUUGACGGUCAGAGUAAAUCCUACGUUUGAGCGUGUGGUACGUUAUUCCUAAAACUAAAAAUCCAAUUAGAUUAGAAAAAAGUUCCCGCAAAGGUAAUGGGACUUUUCAAAAGUAAGUGGUAUAUCACUGAAACCAUUGUAUAGCUCAAGUUGUCAGUGUUUCCUUUGUACAAUUAUCCCCUCUAUUGUUUACUAUGGCUUCAUGAUUAGUGUGAUGGACUAAAUCCGUGGCUUGUAUCCUUUUUUUUUUCUGUACAAUUGCACUUUGGUAUAUUAUAAGAGUGACAGUCAAAUCCCACUUUUUUGAUUAGAGUUGCCCAAGAGUUAGUGGUAGAUGCUUUUGACUAGCUGCCUUCUUUCAUUUCAAACUUAGGGAUGACUAGUGUAGAUAGUCGGUCAUUGUGUAGAUUUGCACAGUCAUUUAUUUUGAUAGGGGAGUUUGAAAAAUGAAAU